AUGAGCCUCCUCCAUCUCGAAACCCACAACCCUAACCGUCCCCCGCCACAGAUCCCAUACAAGCGCGGGCGCCGCAACUCCUUCCUCGCCAACACCUACCUCCCACCCCACCGCAUCCUCCGCCUCACCCACCUCUACUACCUCAACUACACCCUCUCCCGACGCAUGGAACACCUCCGCGAAGACCUCGCCCACACCAAAGAUGCAGCCGAGAAGUUCCUCUCCCCCACCACCACCACCCCCACCCCAAAAACCAACCCCCCCUGGCCCCCCGACGACCCAACGCCACACCACCACCACCAACCCCCCCAACCCUGCACCCCCCUCACCCAACAAGCCUCCACAAUGGCCCUAACCCUCGGCUCCCACCCCCCACCCCCCAACACCACCCCGCGCAUCCACCAAAUCCACCACUCCCCGCCCCAGCUCACGCACCUGUGCCACCUCCGCCUGCUCGCGCAGCGGCAACGGCGCGCCCUGCGCGAGGGCCGCUGGCUGAGGGAGCACGGCCCGUGGCUGACGGAAAGGGCGGAGCGGCGCACGAAGGGCUGGUUGAAGAGGCGUGGGGAGAAGUAUAGUAUGCGGCGGGUGGCGGGGAGGGAGGUGCGGUGGUGGGAGGGGUGGAGGGGCAGGUUGGUGUAUGGGUGGGAGUUGGAUGCGUGGCGGUGGGGGGUGGCGUUGCGGAGGGGGGUUUUGGGGAAGGGGGGAACCGGGGAUAAGAGUGGUGGUGGUGAUGGUGGGGGUGGUGUUGGGGGGUGGCCGGGGCAGGAGUGGUUUGAGAUUUAUAAGAUGGUCAGGUAUGGGUGGACGGAGGCGUGGGGGUUGGGAGAGGAUAGGGAGGGGAGGGCGCGGAGGGAGGCGGAGAUGGAGAUGGAGAGGGGUGGGUUCAAGCAGGCGUAUGGGAGUGGCAUGUUGUUGAUGGGGAGUUCGCCGUUGAGGAGGACGUGGACGCCCGUGUGUGAGGAGGUGUGA